CCACUGCUGUGAACAGGGGUCCUUGAUGUGUGGCGGAUGUUUUGUAUCCGUUAUUGCUCCGCUGGCUGAGUUUCUCCGACAACUGUCAAACCACCGGUGUCUCAUUGAAAUGGUAUUUGAUGAAGUUUUGUUAAAGCUUCUUUUCUACUAUAGUGACCUUAUUUCCCAAGUGGGCGUCAUGAUGUGGGUUUGUUGCCUCCUUGCAUGAUCCAGGGAUGUCUCGUCCUGCUCCAUCCCCCAUCUAUACCCUGAGGGGGGCCGGUGGACCCCUCAACACCCUCCACUUUAGCUGCCAUGGAGGGGACACACCCCUCCUCUUUUCUGGGUCGGGGAAGGGUGCCAUCCAUAUGUGGAACCUGAACAACAGGAGGACUGAGAAGAUUUUAGAAGGUCACUCUGGUAGUUCAGUCAUCUGGGUUAGCACACUGCAGUCGACAGAUACCCUCAUCAGUCAGGGACGGGACAUGCAGGUCAAUCUGUGGGAUCUGAGUGAAGGUCGCAGUGAUGUUGUGGACUCCAUGUGGACCGGCAGUGUUGGAUUCUGUCAGUGCUCCUUGUUGGAGAUGAGACCUGGGACCUUCCUGCUUGCCUUUGCAGGACAACAGACAGAGGAGAUCAAGAUUAUUGAGCUGCCCAGUAAGACCCCAGUCUGCACCCUGGCACCAGAUGCUAAGCUGGGGAUGGUCAUGUGUAUCAAACUGUGGCAGCCAGACUCCGGGCCCGGACCUCUCCUGUUGGCUGGAUACGAGGACGGUUCCCUCUUGCUGUGGGACGUAACCCAGAGGUCCAAGCUGAGUGAAGCCAAAGCCCACCCUGAACCCGUCAUGUGCAUGACCUUUGACACGGAGCGUCUGAGGGGCAUAUCCGGAUCCUCUGAGAAGAAACUCUCCCCGUGGAUGCUGGACGGACAGAACAACCUGCAGCUCCAGGACUGUGUGACGCUUGUCAACCCCGGGGUUUCCCAGCUUUGCAUCAGGGGUGAUGGUAAGCUGUUGGCAUCAGCAGGCUGGGACCACCGGGUACGAGUAUUCGGCUGGAAGAAGCUGCGACCGCUGGCAGUUCUGCAGUACCACACUGACAUGGUGCUAAGCGUGGCCUUCUCUGACCACAAGGACCCCAGACAAAGACUGCUGGCUGCUGGAUCCAAGGACCAGCGGAUCAGCCUGUGGUCAAUAUACAAUGAGGGUGCUGACACGGGCUGAGCCUGUGACCUCUGGGAGAAUCUAUGGACUUUUAAAUGAUACUUUACUUUUUUAACUCUCAUCUGUACUGAUGUUGGGUUGACUAACUGAUGUUAGUAGAAAUGGUUUGAUCUCUGGACAUAUAGAAUGCAUAUAUUAUAUUUAGCUAUAUUUGUUUCUCGAUAUUAAACUCUUGCAGUGAUAAAAUGCCAUGUUGAAGGGUGACAGAAGCAAUGUCUUUUUUAAAUAACUUAAUUUAUAAACCAGAGUAGGGGAGUGACAGAUAUUUUUUACACAGCAGUCUAAAAGAUAAAACCAAUAAAUAAAUAAAUAAAUUUGACUAAUUUGACUCAACACAUCCAAUGUGUUUCAAAAAUGUUUUCCAGAAGAGUAGCAGUUUUUGUGCUUUUUUAUUUUGGAGAUUUUCCAUAUCUGUUGAAAAAAGUUCAGAAUUAGUCACAUUUCCCUAGCAGUACUUUUUAUACAGUCAUCAGUCAUACUGUUGUUGGUUUUAACAGGUAAAAACCAGACCAUGUAUUCUGACAAAUAAAUUAAUUUGCUGAAGCAACUAAAUAUUGACAAAGACACAUCUUAACAUUUUUUUUGGAAUAGCAGCAGUUAAAAAAAUGUAUAACAUUGAUUCUGUUUCAGAUUUACAAAAAGAUUAUGUGUCCAUUAAUAAAUUGUGAAUCAGUUAUUA